AUGGCGUCUCUUCGCACCCUUCUCCUUGCGUGUGGAGCCUUGUGGGCUAGUGCUGCAGUUGCAGUACUUGAUUCUACUGUAAAAGUCCGCAAUGCCCCAGGCCAGUCUACGGAAGAUACAUAUCUUGCCAUCGGGCGAGGCCUAGCUGCCGCUAGUCUGGAGAAGCGUGGAAAUUUCUCAAUUCCCCCCAUGGAUAUAGCAAGAAGCUGGAGCGGCGCUACUCUACUGUCGGUAGAAGUUGCAUCAAACCCAUCGCUGAACCACGACAACAAGACACUCGAGGUCAAAGCUGGUAUCGAAGUCACCUGUACAAAAUGCUAUGUGAAGGGAGUUGCUACUGCUGAAGUCACGAUCGACGGCGACUUUAACGCCACCCAGCUUGUUCAAGGAGCCAUUGAUUCAGUCGACACAGCUGUUCAGAACCUCACCGAUCAGUUUGAAGGCUAUCUGGACAGAGCGAUAGAGAGAUUCAACGCCAGUGACGGGAUUGAUGCGUCAGAUUUCGAGUACCCAACAUUUGAGCUUCCGUUUGACCUGAAUGUUUCCGCUAUACCUGAAGCCAACCUACGCUUCCAAUUCGAUGGCAUGGAGCUAUACCUAGAGAUCGGCACAGUUCUCAGCGCUGGAGCGACAUACGAAAUCACACUCUUUGCAACACAAAGUCCUAUCGGAGCCAGUAUAGGUCAAGACCUGAUGCUUGGUGCUGUUCUCACAGUGGACCUCAUACUGGCCGUGGAAGAUGCUAUCGAUAUUAGUAGCGGCUUUCACGUCAAACUGGACGACGGUGUCGCCAUUAACCUUCCGUUGUUCGGAGACGAAGUAGCUGAUAUGACUGUUAAGGGUGGGAAAUUUGAGUUCUUACCUGUCACCCUUGAAAGUGCGAGCGUGUCCAUAGCCGCGGCUUUACGGAUAGGCGCUCACUGCGGUCUUAAGGUGACGGCGCCAGAGACUGGUAUUUUUGAAGCGCUCAAGGAUUUUGCGCUUCCAGAAGUCCAAGCCGGUAUUGAAGUGGCCGUCUUCGCUAACGUUGCCGAAUUCACCACCAACGUUACGUACACUCCGGAUGACAAAGAAUGCGAGCUGAAGGUCAUUCAAGAAUACAACUUCGCUGUCGGUGCGAUCGCCGGUGCAUCAGUCGCCGUUGAGUUCCUGAACGAAACAAAGACAUGGGGACCUGUAGCAGAAACAUCUACUGCCAUCUUCACAACCACGUUGGCUGAAGUAUGUGGGAUACAGGGCAAGCCAACCAUGACACAGGCUACGAUCACACCCGCCUUCGAGAGACGACAAGAUCUCUCCGCGGCAACAAUUAGUACUGUAAUCACCCGGAGCGGCGUCAGCUGCAAAGUCCCUGGUCUGGUCAACUGCCCCAACUCUGCGCAAGUUACCACUAGCACGACGUUCGAGUCCACCAUGACAACAUCUGUACCAUCAGGAGUCGAAGCAACGUGGCCAGUGGAAACAACCGACGCUGUAGAUGAGACCGUUGCAUUCGGUACUCAGGCGAAGACGAUGAAAGCUGUCUCUGGUAAACCGACGCCAUAUGUCGCACCGCCCAGUGAAGAGGGUGAUGACGAAGGACACCGUCUUACUAGCACGACUGGAGGUGUCAGUAACAAGGUCAUCAUUGGUGUUUGCGUCGGCCUGGUUCUGCCCAUCCUGGCUGCCAUCAUUGGAGCUAUCAUCUUCUUCCGUAGGCGCAAGAGGUAUAAUGCAGUGGGAAGACCUGCUGCACCCAUGCUCGCCGAGCCGUACACGGGCCUUAACGACUAUACCAACCAAAUCCAUGAUUCCAAGUCGCCUAAUGAGAAUAUUGCUGAGAUUCAACGUUGA